GCGGGGCGAGCGCCGCGCAGGCGCAGUGCUUCCGGUGGGGCCGCCGCCAUCUUGGAGGGCCGCGUCCACCGCCGCCGCCGCCGCCGACUCCGCCGCCGCCGGAAAGGGCCCCGGAGCACAGCCCGCGGCUGCCGCCCCCCCGGUGGAGAUGGAGGCGGGGGGGAAGGCGGGGAGCGAGACGGACGCGAUGACGUCGGAUGAUUUCGAUAUCGUCAUUGAGGCCAUGCUGGAGGCGCCCUACAAGAAGGAGGAGGCGCAGCCCGGCCCCUCGAAGCCUCCAUCAGAAGCUCCUCCCCCUCAGCAGCCGGCGGCCGAGGAGCAGAGCAAGGAGGGCAGGAAGGAGAGCAGCAGCAGCAGCAGCCGCCGGAAGCGAAGCCGCAGCCGCAGCCGGGAGCACAGACACAGCCGCAGCAGGGAGCGCCGCCGUCGAUCCCGCAGCCGCCAUCGCAGCCGCCACCGCAGCCGGGAACGGCGCCGAUCCCGCAGCCGCGACCGACGGCGCGACGACAGGAGGCGGCGCUUCGGGCACAGCAAAAGUCCGCUGUACAGAGAGAAGAGUCCUGUCAGGGAGGCGGUGGGGGCGCUGAGCCCCGAGGAGCGCGACGCCCGCACCGUGUUCUGCAUGCAGCUGGCAGCCAGGAUCCGGCCCAGGGACCUCGAGGAUUUCUUCUCCGCCGUCGGGAAGGUGCGGGACGUUCGCAUCAUCUCGGACCGCAACUCGCGGCGCUCCAAGGGCAUCGCCUACGUCGAGUUCUGCGAGAUGCACGCCGUGCCGCUGGCCAUCGGGCUGAGCGGGCAGCGCCUGCUGGGCGUCCCCAUCAUCGUGCAGGCAUCGCAGGCAGAGAAGAACCGGCUGGCGGCCAUGGCCAACUCCCUGCAGAAGGGCGGCGGCGGCCCCAUGCGGCUGUACGUGGGAGCGCUGCACUGCAACAUCACCACCGAGAUGCUGAGGGGCAUCUUUGAGCCCUUCGGGAAGAUCGACAACAUCGUGCUGAUGCACGACCCCGACACCGGGCAGUCCAAGGGAUACGGCUUCAUCACCGUGCGUCAGCCUGCCCCACAGCUGCCCCACAGCUGCCCCAUAGCUGCCCCACAGCUGCCCCAUAGCUGCCCCAUAGCUGCCCCAUAGAGACCCCAUAGCAGCCC